AGUAACGAAGUACAAGUACUUCGUUACUGUACUUAAGUACAAUUUCCGUGUAUCUGUACUUUACUUAAGUAGAUUUAAUAAUGGAUACUUUCUACUUUUACUCCACUACAUUUAACAGUAAGUAUCUGUACUUUCUACUUCACUACAUUUCUAUACAGCGUUUCGUUACUCGUUACAUCCAAGACGCAUUUCGGUUUUUUGAUUUGUUCGUUAGUUUGAAAGUAUCCAAUGGCGAGAGCAGAAUCAGUCCGCUGAACCAAUCCGAAGCGGGAAAUAACCAUUAGGCCCUCCCUCAAGAAGAGCAGCACAGUACGCAGGACCUGCAGAAUCAUUAACUCCCAGAAUGGAGUCCAAGGAUAGUCAUCCUCCAGAAGACCUGCCCCACCCAUGGCCUUAUUUAAAAGAUUUCUUUGAAAUAACUGGGUCAAAAAACGCUUCCUGGAGAUUCCAAUGCCGCCUUUGCCUUCCCCGAAAGCACGAAAUUCUAUCUUUCAAAAAUUCACCAUCAAAUUUGAAAAAACAUAUUGAGAGAAAGCAUGGCAGUCAUCUCCAGCAAUACCUUGCAAUGACUGCAGUGGUCGUCAAAAGGAAAGGAUCUGACUCCAAUGAAGGUGCUUCAACCAGCAAGCAGAGAAAACUUGAGGAAAGCACUAAAGUUUCUCAGAAGAGUGUUGACCAUGCAGUGAUAAACUUCAUUGUCCAGGGUUUGCACCCUUUUGGAAUAGUAGAACAGGCAGGAUUUCGAAGCCUGGUGCAGCAGCUUCAGCCUAAUUCUACUGUGAUAUCUCGUUCAACAGUUCGAACCAUGAUUGAAAAAAAUACAGCAGAAAUGAAGGCAAAUGUGAGAAAAGCAAUGCAAAAUAUCAAAUACAUUGCUACAACAACGGAUUCCUGGACUUCACACCGGCAGAGCUUUGUUGGAGUGACUGCUCACUGGAUAGAUCCUGAAAGUCUUGAGAGAUCAUCGGUAGCUCUUGCUUGCAGGCGACUUAAAGGUCCCCACACAUUUGACGCAUUGGCUGGUCUCCUCAACGAUAUUCAUACUGAGUUCAACAUCCGGGAGAAAAUUGUGAGAACCACCACUGACAAUGGCUCCAAUUUUGUUAAGGCCUUUAGGGUUUAUGGCCCUGAUGAAAACAACAGUCUGGACACAUCUAGUUUAGGAAGUUUAGCUGAAGGGCACCAAGUAGUGGAAGCAAAUGAAAAUGAGGAAGACGAUGCUCUGGGAGUGGAGGUAGAGGCUGUUGAGAUUGGAUCUCUCUUGGAUGAAGAAGAUGAUAGUUCAGAAUAUCAGCUACCGAAGCAUCAUCGCUGUGCCUGUCAUGUGCUUAAUCUGAUCUCAACAGUGGAUGCCACCAAAGCAAACUCAAAUGAGACUUACAAAAGCUUUCACGUGCAUCAUUUGCCAAGUGUGGGGUCUGUGGAACAAGAGUGCUCGAUCUACAAUAGCUGCUGA